AUGGCACAAUCUGAAGAUACGGAGCUUACAGAUUUAGUUGUUGAAGCAUUAGAAAAGAAUGGAUCUCUUGCAAAAAUCCGAGCAUUGUUGAGAGCUAAUAUUUUUUUAGCCUUCGAAGAUGAUUGUGAAAAUAUAAAACAAAAUGAAACUUUGGACAAAAUAUUACUCUUACCAGAAGGUAAAUUAUGCCUUUCUAUUAUUCAUGAGUUCCUAAAUUUUUGUAAUCUGAAAAAUACUUUAUUUGUAUACAAAACUGAAACAAGACAAGGCCGAGAAUACACAUAUGAUGGCGAAAAUAUCAUUGCUGAUAAAUUGAAUUUAAAAAAUGAUACAGAAAAGGAACCUUUGCUAUUAACACUGAUAAAAAAUGUUAUAAAAUCAAACCACAGAAGUAUACAUAUUCAAAAUGACAAAAAUAGCUUAAAAAGACAAGUUCGAGGUAAAAAUUAUUAUUCAGAUGAUCAAAAUUCCACUUAUAUUGUUAAUGAAGAUUCAAGCACCACCACAAGUAACUCACAGUCUGAUAAUUCUUCAGAUGAGAAAAAUAAAUUAGACCUAAGGCUAAACUUAGAUAAUUCAGAUACUGAUACAUCCAGUGGCGCUUCUAUGAGAGGCAGAAAUAGUUCAGAAUAUAUUAUAAACAAUCACACUAAGUCAAAUGUCAAUCAAAAUAUUUUACACAUGAAGUCAAAUAAACAAUUAGGGUCUCGAAAUGCAAAUUAUACCAAUAAAAAUAAUCUUACUGACAACUAUUCCCAAGAUUUAAAGAUGUUUAAUAACAGUAGUACUGAUUCGACUUCUUAUGUAGAGUUAAAGCCAUUUAAUCCCGUAGAUGCAGUCCUUCUAAAUACAACCGGUUUGCCAAUAAAAGAAGACAAGAUUGAUUCUAAGUUGGUUUCCCCUCAGACUUCAAUUUCUAAUUCAAAGCUUGAAUCAUUAUCAGUAGCUGAAACUUCAAAUAGUAACUCAGAAAAUAAUAUAUCGGGAAGUAGCCAUCAAAACCCUUCUUCAAAAGCAAGCAUAAAAAACUCUAAAAUUGAUUCUGUACAGCUAGAUGCAGAAGUAACAGAAUAUAGUUAUGAUUUUACAUCACCCCCAGUAUCUGCUAAGAAAGAAACUUUGGAAAAACUGACACAAAGCCCAAGAUCAAUACAUGAAGAUCUUAUAAUGAAUAAAUCAAAUGAUUCAUCAAAUGAAAGCCAUAAACACAACUCUCUUAAUUCUCAAAGUUCUGUGUCACUAUCAGAUGUUGCAGAUUUAAUUAGUGAAAGAAGUAGUAAUAAGCAUAGUAUCAGUUCUAACCAACAUAAAUUGUCAACAAGUAAUAAAUCAAAUAAAAAUUCCAAUGGAGAUCGUUAUCAAGCCAAAAAUGUUAGCGAUGAUUCUGGUGAUUUCUCCGAUUCACCUAUACCUUCCCUUUCUAAUCUGAGCCUUGAUAUUCAUAGUGAC